AUGAAGUUUAGAGAACAAGUACUGCUAAUGAUGUUUGCCAUUGUUUUCUUCACCAUUCAAACUUUUGUUCUUUCACAAAGUGAUUCAGAUGCUGGUUGUGUGCUUGAUAUCCAUUCCACUUUAUCAGGGAAUGACUCAGAUUGUGUAGCAGGAAACUGGGGUGGGUUUGUGGAAGAUACUUGUUGUGGAGAAGUUUUUUAUGAUUAUUUAUAUGCAUUGGCAAAGUGGGCUAAUCAGACUCAGAGGCUUUUUCUGAAUGCCACAGAGCAGAACAAUUGCUUGCUUUUGAUAAAGGGUUCUGAGAAGGAUGUUUUUGUCUGUGGCAUUGAGAAGCUAACCAGUGGAGCUGGUGGCUGCUCUGACUAUACCGUAAAUGAUGUUCUUAAUAAUCUCGGAAAUACAUUGACAAACUUUGAUGAAGACUGCAACCUUUCUGGUUCAGCAGGAAGUACAGAUGAAGCUUGCAGUUUAUGUAUGAAGAGAUGGAAAGAAAUUGUUGGAUCAUCAUCAGACAAUGGAAGGAAUUCCAUGAAGGACGAAGCCAAGGUUUGCAGUUUUGCGGUGUUGGUUGCUAUAACAAGCAGGAGAACUGGUUAUAAGAAUUGGCUUCAAGCACUUUAUCAAUGCCUUGGAUAUCAAGACUUUGUAAUGGGUAUAAAACGAUUUUAAUUUCUUUCUUCAUUUGUUUUCUAUUUUAUUACAUAUAUAUUUUCCUAUUUGAUACUCAUUUUUCUUGCAUUUUUACCACUUCCACCU